AUGCAAUUCAUAUUGAAAUUGGGAUUUAUACUAAUUUUAUUGUAUUAGACAUUAUCAUAGACAUGCAGAGUAAUUCAUUUUUAUAUGGUUAGCUAAAAAAUACAGAAUAUAAUUUGUUAACAAUAGUGAGUGGUGAGACCUUUCAUUUACCACUCAAUGAAUAUUUUAUUGGUGAUGCACUUUAAUAUACAAUUACCCCUAAAGGAUAACCCUUUGUAUAGAGACGUCAAUAAAUUGGAUAAGGAGUAUUAUAAGGAACAAUAAUUUCAUCAACUUCUUCAAAUUUCAAUAAUAAUCCUUAUAUUUAAGGAAUUAAUUAUUAUGCACUAAUUCAAAUUAGUGAUUUGGAUUUUGCAAUCGUUUAAUCUUAACUUUAAUCGGAAUCGUACAAUAUUAGUUUUGCAUCAAUUACUUCAGGAACUUGCUAUUAAGUUAAUUUUUUAUAAGAUAUGGUUGUAGUUACAUGCUCAUCUUCAGGAAAAAAUAUCCUUGAAUAUUAAUUUUAUUAAGCAUCAAAUUCUUCAUAGAAUUUUUCAAUAUUGAUUGAUACUAUAAUUAUCACUCCUGGAUCAAAUUUGAGUGUAAUUACUUAAACAGCUGGAUAAUAUAUAGUAACAAUUGUAAAUUAGGGAACAUUUUAAAAUAAUUCAUAUUCAGUCAUAUCAACAAAUAUUUCUGCUAUUUAAUUAUUGUAAGAGGAAAAUGGAAAAUAUGAUUUUACUUAAUUAUAACUUCCUGCUAUUUUGGAAACUAACAACAAUUUAGUAACUGAUUUUUAUACAGGAAUUUCAUUGAAUUAAAAUGGAAUGUGUAAUAUUUAUUAUUUAUUUUAGUAUUUGUUUCUACUUAUUAUAAUGGAUUUAAACCUGUAAAUUUAUUAGAUUUAUCAGUAAAAAUAAAUCCUUUUAAUCCUUUUAAUAUAGGAACUAUGGGUGUAAGUUCUUAUAAAAUAGAUAUCUCAGAUGACACAUUUUAUUUAUCUAUUUGGAGUACUGAAGGUUUAAUAGUAGGAGUAUUUCAAGAAUCAGUAGUUAAUUAAAAAACAGGAAUAUUUGAUAAUAAGAUAUAAUUUUAACAAUCUUAAUUGAUUUUAACUUCUUAAAUUACUUAUGGUUAAAUAUUUACAACUUAAGUUUUUAUGAAUUCUAGAUACAUUAUUGUUAGUAAUUCUAAUGGAAUAUCAGUUUAUCCAAGUAUUUUAAAUACUAUUAAUGAUUGGAAAGUAUUAUUUUACUAUAAUUUAAAUGUAUAAUCUACUGCCUUUGAUUAUUUUAAUAGUAUUUUAAUAGCUGUUGCAGAUUAGAAUGUUUAUACUUAUGAAUUCAAUAAUCCAAUGAUCACAGCUACAAAUUUACCUUUUUUAAAUACAACUAUUUAAAAUAUCACAAUUACUGCAACAACAAAUAUGUAUACAAAUAAAAAUUAAAAAUCAUGUCCACCUUUGUAGUUAUUCUAUAAUAUCACAUCAAAUGAAUAUUAUUUAUAAAUAUUUAAUGGAUAUCAAGUUAAUAGUACAAAAGAGACAUAUGUUUAAUGGGGUCCAUUAUUCAAUCUAAAUAUGGGAUCCAUUCAAACCUUGAAUAUUAAUAAAAUGUUAAUUGGACCUGCUAUUUUAGCUGGAUAUCCAACAACAAAAUAAGCAUACUCAAAUUUUGAUAUUUAAUUUUCUAAUGUUUUAUAAACUCCUUCAAUACAGAGUCCAUUCAAAAUAAAUUCUAAUAUUAUAGGUGGAUAAAAGAUUUUGUACUCUCAAAUAUUUUAUGAUAAUUCAUUUAUUGAAAAUUAUCAAGAUAAGGUAGGUGAUAGUGAUAAUUACCUUUAACUGGUGUAAGUUUCAAAUUAUGUAGCUUUAUUUUAAUGUUAAGCUUUAAAAGAUUAACCAUGUACUUUAAUAGCUAGCAUUCCAGUAAAAGAUACAUUAGUUGAGCAAUUCGCUUUGAGUAUGUCAACUAAUAAUUCUUUAAAUAUAGCAUAUAUGUGGAAUGAUUUUGAUAUCAAUUACAAAACAUAUGUAGGACAUACUACAAUAUGUAUGUUAAGUUUUCCAUAUACAGCAUUAUAUUAAACAUGUAAAACCAUAGAUUAUAAUUCAAAAUAAGUAAACUCUUCUAAAGGAAUACAAAUUGCAUUGAUUUAAGAUAAUUUCUAUAUGCUUUAUUAACAAACUUAAGAUGGUUAAUAAACCCAAAAUUAUUUCUCAGCUAUUAAUCUUUUAGAAUUUUUGACUCAAAAUAUUAGCAUUUAUGAACUUUCAUCAUUUUUAACAUAUGAAAAUAUUAACAAUGUUAAAAUAAACAGUUUCACUUAUAAUGUACCUGCCUAUGGAAAUAUCAUUUUCCUUAAUAUUGAAGAUUCUGUCGUUACAGAUAUGAUUGAUUAUUAAUAUUAUGUUACUGCUAUCAAUUAUAAUGGAGGUUACUUAAAUUAUUCUACUAAAUAUUCAUAUAAAUUAGAAGUAAUUGGAACUGUUUAAACAUAUAAUAGUAUCACAAAAACAGAUGUUUAACUUCAAUUAACUAUGGAAGGAAUAUAUAUUUUAAUAAUAAAUAACCCUGGAUAAUCUACUUUAACAUUUUAUCCAAGAAUUGAUUUUAUGCCAUUGAUUUUGUUUUCCAAAUAUCAAUAAACUCCUCCUAAUCUCCCUGUAAAUGGAAUUUAAUUGUAGUUGUAUGGAAUUCAGAAGAUAGUAUAGAGUGCUGCUUCAGCUCGUUUCUUAUAUAUAAUGGCUUAACCUAUCAAUUAAAAUAUAUAUUAAAUAUAUGUGUAUAAGAAUACUCCUUCAAUUUAGAAUGCAUUAUAUUUUGUGAUUGAGACUGAUGCAAAUGAUCCAAUAGUCAAUGCUCCAUUUAGUGUUACUAGUGCUAUAUAUUAUGAUGGAAUAAUAUUUAAAUCAAAAGGAAAUGAUGGAUAUCGUAAUAGUCUUCUUUUAAAGGAAUUUGAAUUUUAAGUAUAAUGUAAUUUGAAUAGCAAUUUCUACGAACAAACCGAAUACAGUUAUGUAAUUUUUAAGGCUUCAAGUUAAUUAUACAGUUCUAAAUUGCCAGAUUCUGCUUAAGAAUAUUAAGCAACAUUUUAGUCUGUUAAUUUAAUUUCCUUUGUAAAAGAAACAAGUACAAUAUAAAAUAGUACAAGUAUAUAACCAUCAGGUUAUGUAUAAGUGGAUCCAAGGUCUUAUUUCUUAGGAAAUACAUAAAGCUUUUAAUUAUCAAAUGGAACUAAUUAAUCAUCAUUUUAUUAUUUUGAUAUAAUAUCUCCAGUGGAAAGACAACCAUAAACUACAAACUUUUAAUUUCCAGUUACAGCAGUUUCAGCAUAUAUGUAUAUAUAAACAGAAUAAUCACAACUUUCUGAGAGUAAUUCUUAAAAUUAAUAUUGGUUCACUUUUGUUUAAACAAAUAGAUUAGUAUAUGUGACUCCAUAUAUUUAUUAUAAUCCACCUUAAGAUUUUGUUAAUAAUUCAACAGUUAAAAUUAAUUAUCCUUUGAUUUAUAAAUUACCUAUAUUAGAUAUAUCUCCUAAUUCUUAGAAAUGUCCAUUAAUAUUUGUAGAUAAAUAUUCAUUAGGAGUAGUCAGUGUUUGUGGAACUAAUAUUAAUAAUAAAUUUGCAGCUUCUUUUACUUUAUUUAAUACAUUAACUUAAAAAGUUUAAGAAACAAAGAUAAUAAUAUUAAAUGAAGCAUUCCCAACAUUAGGUUAACUUAAUUAUACAAAUAAUGGAUCAUAUUCACUUUAAUCAGCCACUUAUUUAGAUAUAGGAGUAGUAGUAUUAUAAUUUUAAUAUAAUUAUAAUUUUGGUUCAUCACCUCCAACAAUUAUAAUAUUACCAUUUUUAUAUACUGCUAAUUUGGACACUAAAAUAGCAAUUUAUCCAUAAAAUCCAAAUGUAUCUUAUUAUUAAUACAUUUAACCAAUUUAAUAAAUCUAUUAAGUUCCAAAUAAUACUUUAGCUAACUAAUAUUCAGUUACAGUAUUUUCAAUAACAACUGAAUACUUUGGUGGAUUGAAUAAUCCUUAAAUAUCAAAUCCACUACCUCAAAUAAAGUUUGGAUACAUAUGUGUUUCAGAAAUUGAUGAAUCAUGUUUAUAAUCUUAUCCAUAAGCAAAUAAUACAUAUGGUAGUGCUAGUGGAUUUGUAAUCACACUUAUUCCAGAUGCUAAUUUGUCUUCAAUAUUUUAAACUAAUGCAAAUGUAAGUUAUAAUUAAACAAAUAUUAUGAUCUCAACUUCAUCAAAACCUUUUUUGUUAGCUUUAAUGCAUUUAGUAUCAAGUAUUUAAAUAUUUUACAUUUAGGUUAUACUUAAAAUUCUAUUCAAUAAGUAAUUUAAGCAGGAUCUCCAAUAAUUGAAUUUAAUACAAUCUCUUUAGUACCAUUAAUAGCAGUCAGUUAAGGAACAGCAUAUAUAUUUAAAUUACAAUUUUAAUUGAGUAAUGGUUAAUAUCUCUAAUCCUAAUAUGCUUGUACACUUCUAGGAUUAUCUGAUAAAAAUCCUAUUUUAUAAAUUUCAGCAAGCAGCUCAAAUACUAAUCAAUAUUAAGUAGUAGCAAUAGUAUCCAAUCCUUCAAAUUCAUCUAAUAAUUAGGUUUCACUCCUUAAUUAUGGAUUUAUUAAUCAGUAUAUAUUUUAUUUUAUAUUUUAUAGAUAAUGUAAUUUAUAACCUAAUGCAAUAAAAACACCUGAACCAAUAAUAAUCAAAGAAGAAUUAGAAAUUAUUGUUACAGCUAUAGGAUCAACCACUUAUGUUUCAACAGAAACUCCUCCUAUUCUAUAAUUGAUGCAACCACCUUAAAUAGAUAAUUAAACUGUUGCUGAUAUUGCUAGAACUUUGAUAAGUGAUAAUUAAGUAAUUACAUUACUUGAUACAUGUCCUUAUCUUACUAUUUCUGCUUAUCCUAAUUAUAAUAUUUAAGGAGGUGUCACUUUGAAUUCAUCAGUAUUAUUCACUUAGGAUUCAUAAUAAUUAAUAACUUCUAUUUCAGCAAUGAGCAUUUAGACAUACAUCAAUAAUUAAUUGGUUUCAGGAAAAGGAGGAUCAACAAUCUUGAAUUUCAAUAUUACAUAGAUUCCUAUUAAUUAAACAUUCCCAAAUUCUGUUUGGGAUAGAAAACUAUGGGGUUAAUUUAUUUGGGGAUUCUUCAUGUUUGUUAUUAUUAUAGGUGUUUUAGGAUACUUGUUUUAUAAAUCAUAGCCAUUGCCAUACGAUAGGUUUUGA